AUGGUCAACUUGGCGGUGGCAUUUCUCUUUCUUAGCAUCGCCAAUGCUGCAGUCAGCCCAACCUCACUCGACUCUGACAUUUCUAUCAUCAUCCACAAUGACCUGAUGGAAGCGGAAAGUCCUUUGUCUGAUUCAGGGAUUUUGGUCCUUGACCCCAGGACAUGGAAAGAAGCCACCGAGAGCUGUCUCCAACUGGGAGCAACUCUUUGGGGAAGUGAAUCAGGCCCCGAAACCAUACAGAGUGGUUUGGAAUACCUUGCAUAUCUUGGCAAAUAUGCCCCCGGCCAACGCUUUUGGACUGCCUCCAAACAUCAAAAGCCGUCAACUCUAAGCACCAAUGGGCAGAUUCAGACUUCUUCAGCAGAUAAGAGGCUGCCUGUUCUAUGCAAGCAGACUGCCCCUUACUCCAACAACACUUUCCAGGAUACCAGCGAGCAGUGGCGAGUGACCGUCGAGUCUCUCAGCCAGCGCUUUACCGGGUUCCGUGAUCGUGUCAGCUUCCGAUUUAUGGGCAUCCGCUAUGCGAACAAACCACGGCGAUGGGAAUAUUCGCAAGUGUACGAAGGAGGCAAUGAAGAUAUAUCAGCUCUCGACUACGGUUCCAGCUGUGUGCAAGGCACAAGUGGGUCGGAGGAUUGUUUGUUCCUCAACAUUUGGACUCCUUACCUUCCUCAGCCGACAAGGGCUCGAAAGAGAGACCUCAAACCCGUGAUGCUUUGGAUACACGGUGGAGCGUUUACAGGCGGCACUUCCAGUGAUCCUACCUUCGAUGGCGGCAAUCUAGCCUCGCGUGGCGAUGUAGUUGUGAUUGCAAUCAAUUACCGACUGGGAACACUUGGAUUUCUGGCGCUGGAUGAUGGGGAGACGAACGGCAAUUAUGGACUGGCAGACCAGAUCACUGCCCUGGAAUGGGUUCGUCGGAACAUCGAGGCAUUCGGUGGCGACCCAGACAGGACGACGAUAUUCGGACAAUCGGCUGGUGCGGGCUCUGUGCGAGCUCUCCUCGCCUCCCCCAAGGCGCGAGGUAAGUUCGCCGGUGCAAUAAUGCAGAGCAACUUGGGAGGCUUGGCUUAUGGCACGACAUAUUCGAAAUACUAUACCAUAUUGCAGGAGAUGGAAAAGGUGGGAAAGGCCAUUCUCGAAGAAACAAACUGCACGCAGGCAGCUUCCCAGAUCGGGUGUCUGAGAGAUCUUUCUGCAUCAAGAAUCUCAAAUCUUGCCGGCUCAGCACGUUAUUUAGUCGUGGAUGGUACAUACCUCCAAACAGCAGAAUUGGACCUCGCCCAUCCGGAGUCCACUGCCCACGUCCCACUCAUGAUAGGCACAAUGAGAGAUGAUGGUGCUGCUAUGAUAGGAUAUCCUUCACAUGGGGAGACGUUCAAAGACUUCCUCAAUGACACCGAUCUGCCUGAUUCGAUCUCAUCAAGUCCAUUGUUCCCACUUCCAUCAACUUCCAACGCCACUCUGGAUGUAUUCAAUGCAUCGUCUCGCGUAGCCACAGACGGCAUGUUCCGCUGCAUCGAUGCAGCAACAGCUUACGCGGGGUGGAAGAAUCGCAUAUUUUCAGACAUCUUCUACUACGAGUUCAACCGCUCGUAUCAAAUGCCCGACUGGUCACCUAACGCCCCGGUAUGCAAUGCGCCCAUCACAGAGGAGUGGCAACAUGGUGAUCCCAGUCAGGAGUACUUCAAGUGUCAUUCUGGGGAGUUGUACUACGUAUUCGGAAAUAUCCGCCGUCAGGGCUUAACAUUCCGAGAUGCGCUCGAUCUACCAUUUGGACAAUACGUGCUGGAUUCUUGGGCAAGCUUCGCGAGGAACGCCAAGCCUACACCGGAUUCUGGGUUUUUGAAAGCAAGAGGGUAUAUCAAUACUACUCAGGAAAUUGAAAACAACGGUUCGUGGGAGUCUUUUGGGAGAAGUGGUCAGAUGCGACUUCUCCAGUGGCCUUCUGGGAUGUCGGAUUUGGAAGAUUCGGAUCAAUGUCGGGAGCUGAAUCUUGCAUUGGAUUACUAUGUUCAUUGA